AAACAUUAAAUUGUGCUGCUGUGUGUCGUAAAGCAGGGGAAACUGCUACGUGAACGCCAACUGACAAGUGUGUUUCGAGCUGCUAGCUAGCUAAAGUGUUAAAAACACCACAAAAGCUCCUUUACGCCUAUUUUUUCGUGUAGCUAACUUGCUAGCGAGAUAUUCAGAGGUGUAUUUUUGUUGUUAGGUUCGUUUAAGUGAAGCUAACGUUAGCUAGUUUACAUUAUGGACGUUUUACGCCCAGUUCUUAUCAAUAUAAAUGGAAGAAUAUACCGAAGAAAUGUCAUAAAGGAAGAACAAUAUGAGGAAGAAGAAGAUUACUCUUACAUGGGACCACCAGAGAUCGAAGACUUUGCAGCAGAUGAAACCUGUGAUACCAACCUCAUUGAGCAGACUGAUAAGGGAUAUCGCUGUGCCAUUGAUGUGCCAAGUGUUCUUUACAAAUACAUCAUUGGGAAAAAAGGAGAGACACGCAAACGUCUAGAGUUUGACACCAAGACAUCUAUCAGCAUCCCAAAACAAGGAGUGGAAGGACAGAUAGUUAUCACAGGAUCCCAUAAAGCUGCAGUCUCAUCUGCAGUCACACGAGUUGAGGUCCUUGUUGAGAGUUUCCGGAAGAAGCAGCCUUUCACGCACUUCCUGUCAUUCCCUCUGAAUGAUCCCAAAAUUCAAGAAGGAUUCCUGAGCUUUAAAGAUGAGGUGUUGCAGCAGUACUCACAGGAUCAUGGAGUGGAGGGAAGCAUCUUUCAGAAUCCUGCAAAGCUUCACCUGACCAUCGGCACCCUGGCUCUGUUGAAUGACACAGAAGUGAGAAAAGCAGGUGAACACCUCCAAGAGUGUCAAAACUUCAUCAGGGACAUCACAGAAGGAAAUCCACUACAGUUGGAGGUGACAGGUAUAGAGUACAUGAAUGAUGACCCAGCCAUGGUGGACGUCUUGUACGCCAAAGUCAAUGUGAAAGAUCAGUCAGACAAGUUGCAGGUGAUUGCUGACCGGCUGGUGGAGCACUUUGUCUCAGCAGGGCUGAUGGUCAGAGAGUGGGACAGAGUGAAGCUGCACGGCACAGUGAUGAACACUCUGUUCAGGAAGGACUCCACAGUUGAGGACACACCUGGGAGACAAACCAUGAGUGAAAGGGAGGCUUUUGACGCCAGAAACAUAUUAAAGAAAUUUGGUGAUUAUCAUUUUGGAGGGUUUGAGCUGAAUACGGUCUUGCUGUCCCAGAGAUAUUCGACAGAUUGUACGGGCUACUACACCUCUGCAGGGAGCGCCAGUUUCUCAUGAGCUGCAGCACGGCCGAGCAUAUUCCAAGGUCCCUUUCACCACUGUGUGGUGAUUGUGUGUGUGUAUGUUAAGGCACACUCCAUGCGGCCAGCGGCCAGAGCUCCCUGCCUGUCUGCCAGUCAAAAUCCCCAAAUACACUGCAGUGACACAGACCUGGAUAAAAAUCAGCAAAAUGUCACUUAAAAUAUGCCGAUUCUUGAUUAAAAUCUUUUGCUUUUUUGAGGUUGCUGCCUAUGCAGCCUGUUUUUGUAGAGCCUCUUUAGGUGUUGGCUGCCCAGCAGUGACUUUGGGUGCUGCUAAACACAAUAUUCAUAAUUAUCCCAAGAACGGAAAUUCACCACAAUUAACUUCUUGUUAUUUUUGUUUUGGUCUGUGAUUAUGUUGUCCCAUUCUUUAUUUAUUGAAUGUUAAAAUACUGCUUAUCAAAGUUAACUGCAAGCGUGUCUUUAAAUCACUUGUUUUGUCCAACUAACAGGCCAAAGCCCAAAGAUAUUUAAUUUACAAAGAUGUAAAAGAGGAAAAAAAGGUAAGAUCUUUUACCUUUGAGAAGCUGGAGCCACAAAAUGUUUUCCAUUUUUUGGAUGAUGAAUGCACUUUAGUCAAAUUUGAGUCAGAAAUUAAAGUGAGACAUUUAACAAAAACGCUACUUACAGAGUGCCAGUUUGGUUUGUACAGAUUUAUCUAUGGUGUGGGUAAUGAUUUGGAUUGACUCAACAAAAUCAUGUAGCUAUGUUGUCUGUGUGGGUGAGCUUACUGCCCAGCAUACAUAUUUUUUUCUUUCCCCUGACACAUCUCUCACCCUAAUUAGUCAGCUCUGCGCUUCCUGCUGUGGGAACUUCCAACCUGACCCUUGAGAUUUCGAGACUAGCAUACGUCCCUUUCAAUAAGCCGGAUAAAUGAGACCUCAGUGUCUGUUUGUGUUACCGCGGACCUAUUUCCUCUGUGGAUCCGCAUGCUUAUUUCUGAAGAUCGGAGGAGAUGCUGGAGCUGGGUUUUAAUUAAAAUGUUAAAUAGCUGAGUUGUCUUUGCAGGCAUGUGUGCAUGUUUGCAUGUAUUGAUGAGUCAGAUAGGCUGUAUGUUUAGGCCUUCUGAAAACAAGCCUUUAAAAAAAGCUUAUUUACCAAUGAAUUUACUUUAUCCCCCGUGUGAAAAGUGUGGGAAGAAAAGCAGUGCAAGAAUUGGGGCUCGUAAAACUUACAUUGAAUCUUUUAAUAAUGAGAGUUCAUUCAUGUUUAGUAAGUCUUGUGUUAUCUCAACUGAAUAUUGUUUAGGCCUCCAUCCAAUUUGCAUUUUUAAUUUCAUGCCAGUUUUCAAAGUGGCUGUUUUUUUUAUGCCAAGACUGUUUGAAAUAGGUCUUACUUGAUCAAUGUCAAACUCCUUUUUCACACAUUUUGAUAUUCAGACCCGCACUAUGCAAUUUUUCAUAGUGUAAUUAGAAAUUAAGCUUUUAUUCAAAGGAGCUGGCGUUAACAUCUGCUGAUGGAAGAAAAAAAAGGAUGUUUGACAGACGUGACCUUUUAAUACAGUAGAUAUGUUUGAUUUGUGUGCUCUGAGUAAUAACACACAUGAAAUCGAUUAAGAGCCUAAUUACUUUUUAAGGUCACGGUUAAGUUUUACCCACAUAUGCCUUAAAGCAGGAAUGCUGAUCAGGUUUGUAGAAUAUUUUAAUCCAAAUCCAAUUAACUGAAAGGGUGAACUUGACAGUAAGAAAGCACUAAGAUGACAUUUCGGUAGCACUCUCGGUGUCAUGUUUUCCACUUAAAAAGCUUGAAUCAUAAGCUUGCUUUAAGAAGGCCUUUUGAUCGAUCAAACGCAUCUAUCCAUGAGAAGUUACAAAGGUGAAAAUGAUCCUGCUAGACGAAGCCGGCGAAUCUUUCAAAUUGGAUAUUGUUAGCGGUGAAAUAUGACAGCUUGCCUUCCCUUUGAUUGUUCUCGCAUGUUGGAAAGUGACUCUCCAGCUGAGUGUCACUGCUGUUUGAAUGUCACACUAAUCACUCUGUCACUUAAUGGGCACGAGCGGCCUUGACGGACAGCCAAGGCUAGAGUAUUCGAAAUGUCUAAUCUGUGUCUCCAGCGAGGAGGCAGGUGAUCUGUGCAGCAGCUCUUUAUCAUUCAGAGCGCUGAGUCUGGAGGCUGCCUGCAGCUGUCCACGUCUGUUUACUGCUGGAGGCAUUCACACAGGGAGGAGAGGCACAAAGCUCAGUGUGUUUGAACAGCAGGUAGUCAUUCAGAGCGGCUGUUUACUUUAUGUACACUUUGCACAAGGAGUUUAAAAUAGGGCUGCAACAAAUUUUCAUUAUCGACCCAUCUCUAUUACUUUAGUAGAUAACUGUUUAAUGUGCAAAAUGUCCGAAAGCACUUAAAAAAAUGCCCAUUUUGCACAACCUAAGAUGAUGUUUUAAAAUGAUUUGUUUUAUCUGACCAACCGUCCAAAACCCGUAGAAAUUCAAUUUACAGUGGCAUGAAAU